CUCAUAACUGGUCAGGAGAUGAAAUCUGUCAAUAAAGGAUCACAAACUGAGAUGAAAUCUGUGAAUGAAGGAUCACAAACUCUACUAGCUGAGAUGCUAGCAUCAUCCUUUGAUAAAAAGUUUGAUAAGUUGUCUGCAGAUCCUUCAUAUUCCUAUGCUGCAUCCAUCUAUAACGUUUCUCAGACACUCUGGGAAAAAAAUGUAGAAGCCUAUACUCCUAAAUUGGUGUCAAUUGGUCCAUUACAUCAUAAUGGAUCAAAACUUCAUGGCAUGGAAGCUUUUAAGUUGAGAUCCACACACAAGUUCUUGACCAGAUUUGGAAUUGGCCUACAUACCAUAGCCAAAUUUGCAGCAAAGGAAGAAAGUUUUGUUCGUGGAUGUUAUGAGGGUACAGUUAGGCUUCUUCCUAAGCAACUUGCUGAAGUGAUUGUGUUGGAUGGAAUAUUCAUUGUUGAACUUUUCCUGGAAACCUAUUUCAUUCAGCUGAGGGAAGGAGAGAAAAUAUUUGGCAUUCCCUGGAUGCUCAAUGACUUAAUGCAUGAUAUGUUGUUGCUAGAGAAUCAGCUACCUAUAAGAAUAAUGGCGAGCCUAUUGAAUUUCGUAGAUCUUUCAUUCAUGAAUGGAGGCACCAUGGUCACCAUCUAUGAUCUUGCUCACAAGUUCUUCAAGAACAUUGGUAAUACGAGCAAGCUACCAUUGACAGCCCGUUGUUAUCAGGCUAGGCAUUUUGUUGAGUUCCUACUGUUUCUCCAUGCUCCGACAGAGAAACAUGCGGCUUCCCAGGAUAAGGGAAUAAAAAUGCAAUUGGCAUCUAAGAAGUUUGAAUACGAUCGCACUGUAGGAGAGCUUGUCAAUGCUGGAGUCAAGCUUCAUCGUGGGGAUGAAAGUUGUUUGUUUGAUGUUUUCUUUGAUAAAAACACAGGUGUGUUGACCAUCCCCAAAUUGACAGUAAAUGAAUCGACUGAGACAUUCUUCCGGAAUCUUGUAGCCUUUGAACACUUGGGCUAUUAUGGAUACUUUUCCAAGAACAUAACAAGUUAUGUAAUGCUCAUGGAUAGGUUCAUAAACACUUCAGGUGAUGUUGAUCUACUUGUUAAGCAUGGCAUUAUCGAGAAAAAAUUCGAUAAACCAGUUCGGAGUCGUAAAGUAGCAGACCUUUUCAAUAAUCUGCACGAAGGAGUUUUGACUGAAGUAAACGAUUUCUAUUUUGCUGAUCUCUGUGGAGAUUUGAAGGACUACAACAAUGGUACGUAUCACCAGUGGAAAGCCUGUUGGUUUAGAUGGAGAAUGAUGCUGAGAGGCAAAUGGGACGGAUGGAAAAAGACGCUGGGACGCGAUUAUUUCAAGAACCCUUGGUCCUGCUUAUCUGUUGGCGCUGCAGUUGUGUUGCUCAUUCUUACCAUAAUACAAACAGUCUGUUCAAUUCUCCAGGUUUUAUGAGUUCUUCUCCACCACCCUGCUGCCAUCUUCUUCUAAUCCACGAUGUCCGGCGAACUAGCUGGAGAAUGCAGUCCACCACAGCCGUAUAAGGAUCUUGUGUUAAUUUUAUCUUUCCAAAAUCAAUAACCCUAUAUAUAUUGAAAUCUGUUGCAAUUAGUUAAAAUACUGCAUAUAUAUUUCAAUUUA